AUGGCGGGGGAAUAUGAGCAAUGGUCGCAACAGCAAUUGAUUGCCCGGAUACAGGAAUUGGAGAACCAAUUAAAAAAUCCUGAAAAGCAAGACCAUUCAUCAAUCGUUCCCGAGUCCCAGGCUACUUGUGAUGAUGCCAAAACAUUGGGAUUUCGCAAAGCACCCAAGCCAGCUCCAAAGGCCUUUGACGCGUCCAAGUACAGUACGCGGCUGAUAGCGUUGAAAUUUGCGUACCUAGGACAAAGAUACAAUGGGUUCGAGCACCAUAAGAACAAUUCGACACCUUUACCGACGAUUGAGGAAGAGCUAUGGAAGGCACUUGUCAAGACACGGCUCAUCAAUCCCAUACCUACCCAAGGGGACGCUACAGGCUACAGCCGGGUUGACCGCAAGACCUUUGCGGCAUGGGAUAGGGAGGGCGCUGAUGUCAAUUGGGAGGGCUGUGAAUAUUCCAAAUGCGGGAGGACUGACCGAGGUGUGAGCGCUUUUGGUCAGGUCAUUGGUGUGCGAGUUCGCAGUAACAGACCACUACCAAAGACAGCCAAGGCUCAAGAUGAAUUAUCGGCCAGCGAACAGGCAAAAACUUCCGAGGAACCAAUAUCUAUGGCAGAUAGUGAACCAGAGACAGAAGGAAAAUCCUUCAACGACCUUACGGACGAACUCCCCUACAUUCAGCACCUAAAUCGUGUCCUGCCCCCAGACAUCCGCGUCUACGCCUGGUGUCCCAACCCCCCACCUGACUUCAGUGCCCGCUUCUCUUGCAAAGAGCGACGCUACAAAUACUUUUUCACCAAUCCGAGCUUUGCCCCCGUUCCUGGCUCCUCUGGGGUGUACAAUACGCAUACCUCUUCGCCGACAGCCACUCGCACGCGCGAAGGCUGGCUCGAUAUUGAGGCGAUGCGAAAAGGCUGCCAACAACUCAUCGGCCUGCACGACUUCCGCAACUUCUGCAAAAUCGACGCCUCAAAACAGCUCUCAAAUUUCCAACGGCGAAUUUUUCACGCCGACAUUGAAGAAGUAUCACCGCUAUCCAUUCCCUCGUUCCUCUCGCAUCCUGCUCUCCAGUCUCCCUGGGCCAAUUCUCCAGCCGUCGAACAACAACCAAAGCUCUACUCCUUCACCCUGCAUGGCUCGGCAUUCCUCUGGCACCAAGUCCGCUCCCUCAUUGCAGUCCUUUUCCUCAUUGGCCAAGGACUCGAGCCACCCAGUCUCAUCUCCUCCCUGCUCGACAUAUCCGCCAACCCCACGCGUCCGAAGUACGAAAUGGCAAGCGACGCCCCCCUCGUCCUCUGGGACUGCAUCUUCCCGCACGCAGACGAAGUGGAAGCUUCCGAGGACCGGGAAAAGGGGUACGAAGAUCGCUUGAAUUGGAUCUACGUUGGUGACGAAGGCGGUGUGGAACCAAAGUCUCGACUUGUAAGUCGCAAAACGGGAGAGAAAAGUGUGAUGGGUAGGGGCAAGUGGGGACGCGGUGGCGUUGUGGAUGAUGUGUGGGAAGUCUGGCGGGGAAAGAAGAUGGAAGAGACGUUGGCUGGGCUACUGCUGGAUAAGAUUGCAGAGUUGGGAAAAUCGACGUUGGAUGAGGAAGAUGUGAGCGGGCAAGAGCUGGGGAUUCCGAAGGCUGGACCGAGGGUGUUUGAUGGUGGAGAUUGUGGCAAGGCGAAGGGGAUUUAUGUGCCGGUAUUGAAGAGGGAGAGGCAAGAGACGGUAGAGGUGGUGAAUGAACGGUAUAGGAAUAGGAGAGGGAUGGACGCGCAAGGCACCAAGGCCAAGGAAGACGAUGGUGAUGAGUAG